AUGGCACUCGGUGGCCUUGUGCUCACGUCCAACGGUAAUCCCGCUGAAGAGGCCGAUGGUUUCCCAAAUAUGAAGUCUGUGUAUCAGUAUCAACCGGACGGAUACAUGAUCAACUUCUUCAACGACCAGAGACUCUCCGAUAUCACUAUCAUCUUUUCAGGCAAGAAGAUAUUGGGUCACAAGAUUAUCCUUGCAACUCACUCGUCCUACUUCCAGGAGGUACUCGGGGGCUCGCCCACGGUCUCGGAGAUCAACCUCGGCAUUGAGCACGACAUUGCUGCUACAGAAGUCUUCCUAGAAAAUAUGUACUUGCUCUCGCCCUAUUCUCGCACUUCUGAUCCUGGACGUUCGCUAGUAUUCUUCGCCGAGAUGUACCUGCUGGCGAAACGAUACGGUCGCGAAGAUGAAGUCCGCGUGUACCAGAAUCUUUUCUCCGGUAUUCUAGAGGGGGAACCAUUCUCCAAUGAACAUAUUGCGGGUGUGGCGGCUCUAUGCGGUCCAGACUCUUCCAGAUACGCGGAUACACCCUUCCCAGACACAGCUUUCGAGGAAUUAUGUGCGAACAUUCCGUAUCUAGACAACAAGGAGCGCGGGACACUCAAGAAGAAGCUCGAGGAAGGAUCGAUGUUCAAAGCCACAUUCUUAGGACGCUUUGCUGUCGAGAUGCUCGACAGAUUUCUGAUGGUAUACGACGGAAAGUCGCCUCCAUUCUAG